AUGUUGAUGGUCACGCCCACAAGCAGGCUUCUCCUCUUCCACCUUUACACCAGCUGUUGUUGCUUCCUCCUCUCCUACCAUGUCUUAGAGGGAUCCGCUGCCUCACCCUUCUCCUUCAGCUUCGACUUCUCCGACAGAUCCACGUACCGCUACGAAGACCUCCUAUUCGAGGGCGAUGCAUCACAACAUGACGAGGUGGUCGACCUCACCUGUAACACGAGGUCGAAAGCCCGCUUCAAUUGCAAGGGGAGGAUGUCAUACAAUCACCCGGUGCCGUUCUACCAAACCACCACCGGUGAGGUGGCCAGCUUUUCCACGCGGUUCAACUUCGCGAUAGGGUUCCCCGGAAAAUAUGCUGGCGACGGCAUGGCUUUCUUCCUCUCCAGUUACCCAUCCAUGCUGCCGCUCAACUCCGCUGGGGGCAACCUCGGCCUCCAUAACGGCGAUGGGAUCACCGCCAAGGCCACAGACCGAAUCGUCGCCGUCGAGUUCGACACAUUUGAAAACUAUUUUGACAGCUCACCCAGUCACAUCGGCAUCGACAUCAACACUGUCCGGGCCUCCGUUAACACAACAAGUGUCAACGGCUCCAUCAAUGGCUCCAUGACGGCGAUCAUCACUUUCAACAGCAGCACUCUCAUGCUGGUGGCAAGUCUGCACUUUGAUAAUGAACCUUCUCGUCCCUCCUAUCAAGUCAGUACGCAGUUAACCAAUCCUGUCACGGACUUGCUUCCGUCAGAGGUGGCGGUGGGGUUUUCUGCGGCCACCGGUGCAAACAUUGAGCUUCAUCAAAUUAUGUCCUGGUCCUUCAGCUCUACACUUGCUCGCGAAGCAUGUUCCAGGUGGAGGCGCACACGCGAUUCCUUUGGGCGGGGAAUUUAUGGACUUAGGAGAUUUGAGUACAGCGAGUUGGUCGGAGCAACAGGGAGAUUCUCCAGGGACAACACACUUGGAGCUGGUAAUUUCGGCAUAGUAUAUAAGGGGAGCUACACUGACGAUUACGGCAACCAAGAAGUGGCUGUGAAGGAAAUAAAGAAGACUACAGGAGUAAUUGAGGAUUUCAUGUCCGAACUCAAGACAAUUAGUGCAACAAGGCACGUGAAUCUAGUCGAGCUGAAAGGAUGGUGCUGCAGCAGAAACAUAUGGAACUUGAUCGAUUUUAUGUGUUGGUGCAGGCAACAAAGGGUUAAACUCUUUCUUGUGUAUGAAUUGGUGCCUAAUGGCACACUGGAGGAGCACCUACACAGCAUGGAGGAAACUCUACCAUGGGAAAAGAGGUAUCAAAUAGUUAAGGGCAUAGGGUCUGCACUUCGUUAUCUCCAUCACGAGUGCAAUAAAACCAUCUUGCACAGAGAUAUCAAGCCAGGCAACAUACUACUGGACAAUGAUUUCAACGCCAAGCUUGCUGACUUCGGGCUAUCGAAGAUUAUCGCCAGCAAAAACAAUACAACACUUGUUACAACUGCUAUAGGGACAAUCGGAUACAUGGAUCCAAAGUGCAUCAAAGAUGGGAAAGUCAAUUUCAACCGUAAGUAUGAUGUCUACAGUUUUGGAAUUCUUCUACUAGAGAUUGCAAGUAGAAAGUCCAGGGAGCAAGUAAUGGAGCAGUAUAGAAACAGCGGAGAACCACCAAUGGUGGAGGUCGCUGAUGAGAAACUGAAUGGUAUCUUCGACAAGACGCAAAUGGAGCGUGUGAUUGUCCUAGGCCUCAAGUGCUCUGAACCCGAUGAGAAACAACGCCCUUACAUGGUGGAUGCAAUGAAAUUCCUGGAGGACGGCAUAAAGUUACCUGCUAUAACCGAAAUAAAUGGCCAACUAUGUGCACCAGGCACUAUUAGCUCUAACCAGGAUUCACUUUUUCCACCUGAGCUUAGCGGUUGA